GACGCCACUCCUCCCUUCUUCUUCUUCUUCUCCCUCACAUUCUCUCACACUCCGAUCGCUCUCGCCAUGGACGCCGUCGGCGGCGGCGGCUACAGCCCGCGCUUCCAGCGCCAGGCCUCCUGCUCCUGCGCCCCCUCCAUCUCCAUGUCCCGCCGCUACGUCCGCGGCGGCUUCGACCUCGCGGGCGACUACGACGACGACGACGAGGAGGAGUACGGCUACCUCGGCGCCGGGGUGUUCGACGGUGUCCACCACGCCGACGGGAAGCCCGGCGCGGCGUCCCGCGGCGCGGGGGCUCCUGCGUCGGCGUCGGCGUCGUCGGGGCGCGGGUGCGGGACGAGGCUGAAGGGCCUGUGGCGGCGGAUCCUGCGGGAGAACAAGAAGCGGAUCCUGCUCUGCGCCACCGGCUGCGUUCCGGCGUCGUCGUCGGCGGCGGCGGCGGCGAGGGUGCCCUACGACGCCUACAGCUACGCGCAGAACUUCGACGACGGCGCGGCGUGGGUGGAGCCGGAGAACCUCUCGCGCUCCUUCUCCGCGCGCUUCGCCGUCCCGUCGAGGGUGCUGCAGCGGGUCGCCGUGUAGACGACGACGACGGCGACGGCAGCGGCGGCGGCGGCGGCGGCGGCGAUCGUCGGAGAGAAAACCGGUGGCUUUCUCGUUCUUGAUUUUCUUUUUCUCUCAAUUUCUCUCCUUUUCUUCUCCUCCUCCUCCUCCUCCCAAUUUUGGAGUCAAAAAUUGUGAGAAAUCAUAUCUGUCCCCAUCUGUAAAUGUCAACUCUUCCAUGCAUGAUUCCCCGCAAAAAAAAAAAAAAAACUCUUCCAUGCAUGAUCAGUAAUUGCAGCAAAAUUUAUGAACAUCUGCCAAAUUUUGCACAUA